GUUGGGGGCCGUGUCAGACGACGAGGUGAGAAGAGAAGCGCAGGGAGGCGGAGGCAAUGGCCGCGGUGCAUGCCUUGGGCAUGGCGGAGGACCCAAUUCCCUCUCCUCUUCCUCCCGCCCUCCCCGUGUAGUCCUAGAACCCGACCUCGCAUCGCUCUUGCGCAACAGCCGCUCUCUCUCUCUCUACCAUCCGUCUUUCCCUGUCAGGCCCAGGGUCUCGGAGAUGGCGGAGGUAACGAAGUUGCUGUACAUUGUAGUGGUGGACGAAGGAGAGGGGGAAGGAGGCGAUGGCAAGAGCGGGAAGGCGAAGGGGAGCUCGUCGUUCCGGUACGCGCGGCCCGUGCUGCAGAGCACGCUGCAGCUCAUGGGUUGCAAGGCUCGUCACGCUUUCAAGAUCAGCCGAAGAGUAUUUGAUGUGAUGAGAGAUGAGUGCUCAGGCGGCAGCUUGCUUUCUGAUGCUGCAAGCUCGGAUGCCUGGAAAAUUCCAUCCAAUGAGGAACAUGAGUAUAGCAUAACCUGCGGCUUGGGCCAGGGGAACAUGGCUCAUCAGUCGACUGUAGAGAAUGUGGAUACCAGUGGUGGAAGUUCAUUCGAAUUGUACAAAAGACUAACAACUGUUGUUGUUUCAAGGGAACACUUCUUGGACAUCGUCUGUGAUGCUCUUGCCCUAUAUAAUUACGUCGGUCCCAAUCAAAGAGCUGAUUUGCUUUUAGCCUGCAGGAUUCGAGAAAGAAAGGAAUCUGUGACAGUACUUUUGUGUGGCACUAGUGGCUGUGGCAAGUCAACUUUGUCUGCUUUGCUGGGAAGCAGAUUGGGUGUGACAACCGUCAUUUCUACUGAUUCAAUACGCCAUAUGAUGAGGAGCUAUGUGGAUGAGAAACAAAAUCCACUCCUUUGGGCUUCAACUUAUCAUGCUGGAGAAUGUCUAGAUCCAGUAGCAGUCGCGAAAGCAAAGGCCAAUCGAAAAGCAAAAAAACUUGCUGUUUCACACACAAUGAUUAAGGAAGAGACAUCUGAUGGAGCUUUAAAUCAAAAGCUUGAAAGACGAUCUCAUGAUCUGGUCCUUGGAACUGAGUUAAUUGGCAAAAAGCAAAUGGCUAUUGAAGGUUUUAAAGCACAAAGUGAAAUGGUCAUAGACAGCCUUGAUCGAUUAAUCACUGCUUGGGAGGAGCGAAAAGAAUCUGUUGUUGUUGAGGGUGUUCACUUGAGCCUUAAUUUUGUGAUGGGGCUCAUGAAGAAGCAUCCUUCGAUUGUACCAUUUAUGAUCUACAUAACAAAUGAAGACAAACAUAUGGAAAGAUUUGCAGUGCGUGCCAAAUACAUGACAUUGGACCCAGCAAAGAAUAAGUAUGUAAAAUAUAUUCAAAAUAUCAGAGCAAUUCAGGAGUAUCUUUGUAAAAGGGCUGAUAAGCAUCUGGUUCCAAAAAUAAAUAACACAAAUGUUGACAGGAGUGUGGCAGCUAUCCAUGCCACAGUUUUUGGCUGUCUGCGCAGGCGGGAGGCAGGCGAGCAGCUCUAUGAUCCGACUACAAAUACAGUGUCUGUGAUACAUGAAGAAUACAGAAAUCAGUGUGUGGCAAAUUCUCUUAGUUCCAAGGGAAUGUUUCAGUUGAUCCAGAGAAAGGGUUCCUCAAGGCAUCUAAUGGCGCUACUCAACACGGAUGGCUCUGUUGCCAAGGCUUGGCCCGUCGAAUCAGUUGAUUCUAAUAGGAAGUUCUCUGGAUAUGGGGGAGAAAAGUGCCUGGGAAACCCCAUGUAUGGGCCCUUACUGAUUGGGAAGGCUGAGCCAGUUAAUCUUCAAUUUGGAAAUUAUGGGAUCAGUGCAUGGCCGAAUGAUACAUGUGGUACAAGUCAAACAGGGAGCGUCGAUGGCUCGAGGGCUGAUGCCGCCGAUUCUGGCAGCAGAUACUUUUCUUCCUGUUGCAGCUCUCCGAAGGCAUUGGAUGGACCUGCCAAAGAGCUUAAGGAAGAAAUCUUUGUAUCUGGUAGCGAAGAAGAAGCUGACUAUCCACCUGAUGGUGACAGUGAUGAGGAUCUUAGCGACAUGGACCACAAGGAGAUCCAUGAUGAGGUUGAAGGUUCUGUUGAUGAAGACUCUACCAAGUCGGAUGAGGAGUAUGAUGAUUUGGCCAUGCGAGAUGGCCUGGAAAAUGGUUAUUGGUCCGAUGACGAUUGUCCUGAGUCAACAAACAUAAAGAGAAUAGCAGAUGAUCAAGAACCUAUAGAUGAAGGAGAUGGUGUUGCAGCAGGUGAGUACCAACACAAUCUCGAGCACAUCUUCAAGAGGAGUGAGGGUGUGGUGGAACCACUGCUCCCUUGUACUCUGCCACGCGAGAUAAACGAGACAAACACGGGCCAGAGAACAAGGAGACGGUCCUUGAGUGACUCCAUGCAACUUCAGUACCGGACGCGGAGCACUCCUGCUGCCACCGAGGAGCUGAGAGCACUGCAGAAAAGCCCGGUCCUUGCAGUUGUGACUCGGUAUGGCCCAAUGGCCUCCUGCUGACGAUGACUCUUGCACAGGUCUAACAAGCUGCGAGUUUUUUCCUUUCCAAGGAUUACUUGGAAGGUUUGGUUGACGAUGGAUUCUAUUAUGUUGAAUCAGUGUCAAAAUAUUUUUUUCUUGGUUUUGAAUUCCCGGAUGACGACGAAGGAAGAUUCUGUGGAAUGUUGUGGCUUACCUGUUGAGAUGCUUCACGCGUGCAGGUUUUUGUUGGA